GCAAAGCAAAUGGAUGUUUCGAUUCGUGAGCGUAGAAUGGAGGUGUGCGCACUCGUUCCUAGGAAUCGUCCUGCACACUGCGUGGUUGAGGCCAGCAAUAAGUCUCGAGGUCGUCAGCCAGAAGUUCUCUGAGCAAGGCCAAGGGGAGGAGCCAGCCUGCCGCAGGAAGCAACUCAAGUAUAAAAGAGUCCCCGGCCGGCCCAUGCCUGCACUCACGUUCCCCAGAAGAGCGGUGAGGUUUGAAACCCCUGUGCUGAAACAGCAUGUACUAAGCCAGAAGGAAGUGGCUGAGCGGCAGCAUGUCUGAGUUGCAGGAGCUGAUGCAAAACGCCAUCCCCCGUGCCCGGGGCGUCCUGCGGGACAACUACAGCAACCUGCUCCAAGUGGCCGAUUACUGUGAGAGCAACUAUGCGCAGGCACAAGACAAACGGAAAGCCCUGGAGAAAACCAUGGAUUUCACGACUCAGUCAUUGGCCAGCGUGGCCUACCAAAUCAGCAGCCUGGCCAGUGGCAUCCUCCAGAUGCUAGACUUGCAAGCCAAUGAAGUCCGACAGGUGGAAGCCAGCGUCUGCUCCAUUGCGCAGGUAGGAAAGGAACCUGUUCGAGAGGAAAGCAGGAAAGGUGUGGAAGGUGUGCUUGGGGUUAGCUCUUCCUCUUCGGUGGGUCAGUGCCUCAAGGCUACCUUCCAGCUGGUAGAUCCCAUGAUUGACCUGGAAGCUCCCAGCCGCUCACUGGUAUUAGCAUUCUGUGCUCUCACCACGUGUGGCGGAGGCCGCAGCAGGGGCCUUGCAGCACGCUUGCCGCCCCUUGUUAGCCACCGCUUCAGCUCAGCGAGCAGACCGGAUCAAAGCACACAGCUGGCUAAAACAGGGACUCUCUCCCGGCGAGGAACCAAGACACCAGCCACACAAUCAUCUGGGAGUCCCGGGAGAAGUUACCGGAUCCCAGAGCCAAUAUGGCCACCGGUCAUCCCAGAUGGCAAGCUCUCUUCAGCCUCAUCCUUGUCCUCCUUGAGCAGCCUCACCGAGACUCCGGGCAGCACCAGUGCGAGUGCAGCUGCUGAACCUCCACCUCCACCUCCGCCACCUCCACCGCUGCCCUCUAUGCUGUCAUCUCUUCCUCCACCAAUAGAAGCAGAGAAUCUUCCUCCUCCUCCAGCAGAUAUUUUGCCGCCUCCACCUGUUGCAAUUGAUGAUAUUCCUCCAGUGCAGCCCUUGGAGCCUGCUCUGGAUUUCCCAGCAUCUCCACUGCUGCCACCCCUGGACGUCACUCAUACAGAGAUGCUGAAGCCACCGCUCCUGCCCCCUCCUCCACCCCCAGAGAAAUUGCCAUGGGCCCCAGACACCUACUUAGAAGAAGUGGUGACCAUAUACCCUUACACACAGCAGAAGGAAGAUGAACUCUCAUUCAUGGAGGGAACUGUCAUUUACGUGACACGGAAAUUCUCGAACGGCUGGUAUGAAGGGGUGACGCACGACGCGGUGGGAUUGUUCCCAGGGAACUACGCCGAACCUUUGCACUGAAGAAACCAGAAUGCGGGUGUGACAUCAGAAGGGUGCAGGGAAUGGGAUUCCAGUUCUGGUGGCCUGUACCUGCGGGAUGGACCACUUUGCCCAUUUUGACUCCUGUUUGCCUGUUGGUGCAUGGAGAGCAGCAACAAGGGUCCCGAUUGCCCUAACCAGGCUGAAAUAAAGCAAGGCAGGGUAUUUGGGAUUAAGAUGGGAGCAUAAUCGGUGUCCUAUAGUUGUGUCAAACAUCAGGCCCAGGGGCCCCAUCCGCUCUUGCAGUGUUGCCCAGAUCACCCCGUCUGUGCCUCUGACCAUUUGGUGGCUUCCCUGUAGGGUUUUCUGCAUUCUGAAAGACUGAAAUGCCCAUUACUGGCCCUGAGUACUUUCCCCUGACUUUCCCCCGCUGGCUUCUUUGGCCUUGCUGCAUUGUGUGUCGGUCCUGCCCUUCACUGACUACAAUCCCUGAAAUCUUCUCUGGAACUGAAUUCAGAGAAUGCACCCACCCUAUAGAUACUGUUUAUAGUCCCUUUUGCUCCCACUUUUUGACAAAGCCUGUGCAGCAGCUACUGAGGUGCAUCGAAGCACCCGUUUCUACCCUCAUGGAAGCAACUGUCCUCAGCUAGCAUCAUCUGCCCCAUCUUCACACUGAUAUUGCAAUAAAGCUCACUGAAGUGCA